AUGGCCUCGGAGAUUGAAAUUUCUCCGGCCGAUGCUCGCAAGGCUCCCGGCAAGGAUCAGCAAGCUGCCGGCGUCGGAAUCCUUCUGCAGAUCAUGAUGCUCGUCCUGUCCUUUGUCCUCGGCCAUGUUCUCCGCCGCAAGAAGAUUUACAUCGUCCCCGAAGCCAGUGCUUCUCUUCUCAUAGGGUUAAUUGUUGGCAUUCUAGCUAACAUUUCAGACACCGAGACUAGUAUCAGGGCGUGCUAUCUUGGUGGUUUGCUGUUUCUAAUGUAUAGGCUACCUUUGGUUGAGUGCCUGAUGUUUGGUGCUCUUAUAUCAGCUACUGAUCCUGUUACUGUUUUGUCCAUAUUUCAGUGGUUACUUGGACUGUUAUUUGAGGCCCAUAGCGGUCUAGGGCCAGUCAUCUAUCGCACUAUAGAGUUGCUUUUGAGCACUAAGCUUUGUGAUUUCCUAGAGCUGGGCACUGAUGUCAAUCUAUAUGCCUUGGUUUUUGGAGAAUCUGUUUUGAAUGAUGCAAUGGCAAUUUCUUUGUACAGGACAAUGUCAUCUGUUAAAGCUCACCCAUCUGGACAAAAUUUAUUUAUGGUGGUUGUUCGAUUUUUAGAGACUUUCGUAGGGUCAAUGUCAGCAGGUGUUGGAAACCUAUUUAAGUAUGCAGGAUUGAAUAUUGACAAUCUUCAGAACUUGGAGAGCUGUCUUUUUGUCCUUUUCCCAUAUUUCUCGUACAUGCUUGCUGAAGGCCUUGGUCUGUCUGGUAUUGUAUCAAUACUGUUCACUGGAAUAGUCAUGAAACAUUAUUCAUAUUCCAAUUUAUCACAAAGUUCACAAAGAUUUGCCUCUGCCUUUUUCGAGUUGAUAUCAUCUUUAGCUGAAACAUUUGUAUUUAUAUACAUGGGCUUUGAUAUUGCUAUGGAGCAACAUAGCUGGUCACAUAUAUUUAUUGGAAUUGCAAGGGCUGCAAAUGUCUUCUCUUGUGCUUAUUUGGUGAAUCUGGUCAGACCUAGUCAUCGAAAAAUACCUCUAAAACAUCAGAAGGCUCUUUGGUAUAGUGGACUUCGAGGAGCAAUGGCUUUUGCACUAGCUCUGCAAUCAGUUCAUGAUCUUCCAGAAGGACAUGGACAGACCAUCUUUACUGCAACUACUGCAAUAGUUGUUUUGACGGUAUUGCUAAUUGGUGGUUCAACAGGUAACAUGCUGGAAGCUCUAGAUGUUGUAGGUGGAGAUAAUGAUAGCCCUUUGGCUUCAGUUGGUACUAUUACUAAUUUUGAUGGAAACAAUGGAUAUAUUGCUCCUCCUUACAACGAAGAGUCAUCUUCAGGGAACAAAAUCAAAAUGAAGCUAAAAGAAUUCCACAAGAGGUAG